CACGAAGGUGGUCCCGGCUCAUGUCGUGAGGUCAUUCUCCUCAAGACUUCAUAAGAAAGUCAAACAUGAAGAACGCAGUCAGGAGACUGAGACUUGAGCGGUCGUUAUGUCGAAGAGAAAGACACUAGAUAGCUUCUUUAGGCCUCCGGAAGUCAAGAAACAGCGCGUAGAAGGCUCGGAAGAGAAAUCCAUUCACCCAACGUAUCCCUUCCCGAUUCCCCAUUUACCGCAACAUAUUGUGGAUCGGUUGAAUUUUGGCCCAGAUCAGGAAGGCAAAGCGAUCAACGAUCGACCCGAUCUUGAUUUGAUGUAUUUUCAGCCUUACAUUGCCAAAGACAUUGAGAAAGAGCUAUUCGAAUUUCUACGACGGGAACUAUUCUUCUAUCGCGUUAGAUAUACGAUCAAACGAGGAACGUUGGAGACGCAGGUCAACACUCCCCGGUUUACAACAGUCUUUGGUGUUGACGACACAUCCCGCUUUCUCGACGACGGCUCUCUGAUCGACGCGCAGACGAGGAAGCCCGUACCGCAGGAUCGCUACAAGUGUACUCCCAGACCGAUACCACAGUGCCUGGAUGUUCUGCGCGCUAUCACAGAAGGUUCUACAGGAUGUAGCUUCAACUUUUGUCUCGUAAACUACUAUGCUUCCGGCAAUGACAGCAUAUCAUAUCACAGCGACGAUGAGAGGUUUCUCGGCCCACUCCCUGCGAUCGCAUCUUUCAGUCUCGGGGCGAAAAGAGAUUUUCUUAUGAAACAUAAACCGAAUCCACCGUCCACAACCAACACCUCUGUAACAGAUGUUGAACCUUUAAAGCUAUCCUUGGCGUCCGGUGACAUGAUCUUGAUGAAAGGAAAGACGCAGUCGUGCUGGCUCCAUUCGAUACCCAAGCGUAGAGGGGGUGAAGCCGACCGAGGCCGCAUCAACAUUACAUUCCGGAAGGCACUAGUCAAGGGCGGCACAGAAAAUUACUAUCAAUAUAAUGUCGGCAGCAGCCAGCCGUAUAGAUGGGACAAUCAAUGCAACGAAAUGAGACCGUGGAAACCUAGCUGAUGCGAAUUUUAUGGGACUUGUUAAAGGGCGAACUUGAUUUGUUGAUGAAGGGCUAACGAUCUGGAGAAAAUGAAGUCACUGUUUCAAGCUUCUUCAUCUUUUCAUAAAGAGUGCAGGCACCCAGUACAUACACUCGAGGCUGAUGAUAUUCCACCUGAGCAAGAGAAAUUUAGUAACAUUUCGGAUUUACGACCCCGGCCGUCUGCGCCAAAGUUGCGCGAAUCGAUGUCAGUAUAUACAAGGAAGUUAAUGUUGGCUACGUUCGAAACGACCCAAAUCGUUUAGUCAAUCGUUCUUGAGUUU